CAAGCAAGUGCUUAGCAUGGUUGAAGUCAAGUUGUUCACUCAACUGUCGGCCGCCAUCGAGACGAGGACGAGAAGCUCCUCUUUCAUUUUUCAUUCACUCGGUGGACACUUUGAACAACUCGUGUGGAUUCGAGCCGGGUAGAUCUUCACCAGCUGGACCUGCAAUGAAUAACUGCUCCAGAGCUACAUGUCGGGACCGAGCGCACGCUUGGCCUUGUAAGCUGCGACUGUGAACUGUACUGUCAAGGAAAUUCCUCAGGCCUCCCGGGUCACCUCCGCUUUUCGCUAUCAGGCGGCUUGUGCAGCUGCACAAGCUUCUGUUUCCACAACAACGCACACUUGGAGCAGUCUUAGUUAGCCAUUCAGGAGGACAUCGGACACUUCAUUGGGUUAUUAUUGGACCAGGAAUGAAUUAUCCCCACUAUGGCGCACUGUCAAAUGUAAAGGAAGAAGGACGACUUUUGUGUGUUAUGACCUGGUUUGGAUUCAUCUGAUUAUCUGUGACUAAAACAGGAGGCAAAGAGGUGCGACCCGUCCGCAGACACAAUGGCCACCGAAGAGAAUCAGAUCGUCUCGGACAAGCACGCUACACCUCCAUCCUCCGCGGUCAGGCCCAGCAGAGAAACUAGAUGCUCAAACGACAGCCAGGAAGUCCGCCAGCACCCGGACCACUUGUGGCUGCCAAAGCGGCGGAGUAACCCGGCUCGCCUUUAUUACAAGACGUUGUCGUGUGACAGUGAGAAUGAGACCAAUUUGGACACAGAAUAUCGCUCUUUUGAGUACAGCCCAGAGAUGAAGCUUUAUCCAGAGCGACUGCUUGGCAAAAAAAUCGAAGGAAUAACCUCAAAGCCUGCGAGAGGUUCUGAAGGAUCUUUCAGCCAGCUGGACUUAAUAAGCGAGGGUGUGAAUGAAGGCAGAAGUGGCGGCACCCGUUGCUUCACCCGCCUCGACUCUUGCCACAGUUCCCCGUCCUGCCCAAGCUCGAGCCUCUGCGCAAGCCCCGCUCACAGUCCGUCGCUCAGUCGCGUCUACUGGCGGAACCGCCGGCAUCUCCGGCGCUCCAGCCUACCCGUGUCGACGCUGGAUUUCCCCAAGACAUCACCAUGCUGCUCCUCCUGGCGCAGUCCCUCCAGUGUACCCAACUCGCUGGUGUCCUCCCCCUACAGCUCCCCCGUGCCCACCCACCGGCAGCAUCGGCGCAAUGGACACGUCCACCAUCACCAUCUCAAAGACGGCUUCUCCAGCUUAGAGCGGCUCGACAGAAACACUUGUUCCGUGGAGAAAUUCUUCGAAUCCAUGACGCCGGCCCUGAUGCGUGACGAGAGGUUGUCCUCAGAAGGGAGAAGGGGCAGCUGCAGUGGGGGCAGCAGCGCCAAUGAGGGGGCCGAAGACGACCUCUUGGAUAACUCAGAAUUUGUCAGGAACCGUAAAGAGCGUUCCACGGUCCUGGUGAGACGGUUCUUUAAGAAUAAUCAAAAGGUGACCAAGUCGGUGUGCACUGGAACCAGAGCGAUCGUCCGGACGCUGCCCUCGGGACGCAUCUCGGAGGAGGCCCGGGAGGAGGUGGUCUGCUGUCUGACAUGGCAACCUAGCAAGAAAGAUAUCCUGCCGAUCCUGACGCGCCGUGUGGGAGAAGAACUCCAAGUCUGCAAGGGGGUGCUGCGCUUUGUCUGGGCCAAGAUGCACAAGGUAGCACACAAUGUUCAGGCUGAGGCCGUACCUAACCUGACUCACCCCGCCAAGAAGCUGCUGCUGCCUCGGCCUGGAUGCAUCAGCGUCCGACUUUCUUCCUGGCCGCUGCCCCCUGUCAGCGGUCGUCCACCUGGACCGGCUCGCAUCACCCUUCCUCAUCCCACCCGGGGAUCUUCUUACCCACCCAGGUUUUAUCUCGCGUGUGGUCGGAGGACAUCUGUUUGCUCCCUGUUGACCGGAGCGCUCCUGGAAGCCACGGCCGCUCUCGGGGCUCGUUCUGCCUUGCCCUGCCCGUUCAGCCAGUCCCUCAACAUCAGCCACGGCGUCCUGAAAGAGCGUCAGCUGGCCAACAGCAUGACCAGCGGCGGCGCCCUUCCCGCCAGCGUGAGCGGCAUCAGCAAGGAGCUGGCCGAGCUGCGACACCUCAUGCAGUUCCCCGAGGAGAUCGCCUGCAUCCUCACCGAGCAGGAGCAGCAGCUCUACCAGCGGGUGUUUCCCUUGGACUACCUGUGCUUUCUGAUGCGAGACCUAAGCAGUCCGGAGAGUCAAACCAGACGGCACCCCAACCUCAAGGCCUCGCUGUCGGCCCCCGACACGCCCACCCAGACGGCGCAGCGCAGUAAUGCUGUGGAGGACCUAGUGGCGCGGUUCAAUGAGGUGAGUUCAUGGGUCACAUGGCUGGUGCUGACUGCCAGCUCUAUGGAGGAGAAGAGAGACGUUUUCUCCUAUUUGGUCCACGUGGCGAAGUGCUGUUGGAACAUGGGCAACUACAACGGCGUCAUGGAGUUCCUGGCAGGACUCAGGUCCCGCAAGGUGCUGAAGAUGUGGCAGUUCAUGGACCAGUCCGACAUCGAGACCAUGAGAAGCCUGAAGGACGCUAUGGCGCAGCACGAGUCCUCCUCAGAGUACAAGAAGGUUGUCACCAGAGCACUCAAUAUCCCAGGAUGCAAAGUGGUGCCUUUCUGCGGCGUGUUCCUGAAGGAGCUUAGUGACGCGUUAGACGGCACAGCAAGCAUCAUCAGUCUUAAAACGCCCGUGGAUAACGCCGACGACUCACUGGAGUUUCUCUCCGACUACAGCGGCCAACACAACUUCCUGUCCCGCGCCGGCACAGACGGUCUUCACGUCCCGGAGAAAGAAGCCACCGUCAGCAACAUCCUGCAGAUUAUUAGAUCAUGCAAUCGCAGUUUGGAGGCAGAAGAUCCCGACGAGGCCUCCACCAGUCUGUCUUCUUCUGGCCCAGCUCCGGCAUCCAGAAACAACUCCCUCAGGGACCGCAGCCGCUAUCAGUUAAUGGUGGGGUACCUGUCCGAUUCUGAAGGCGAUCUGUCGUCUGAGCCCGCGGCGAACGAGAUGGAGUUCCGGGGCACCGAAGAGACGCACAAAGCUUUUUGCCACGGCACUGAGCUCAUUCCCUGGUACGUGUUGUCCCUGCAACCAGAUGUUCACCAGUUCCUGCUGCAGGGAGCCACCGUCAUCCACUACGACCCGGACAGCCACCUGACGGCCCGCUGCCUGCUCAGACUUCAGCCUGACAACACCACGCUCACUUGGGGUAAGCCUGAGAGUGGAGGGAUCUCCCCCACGGAGCAACCACAGGGAUUGGGCCAGACUGCGGUUGCGGGACUGGCAGAAGGUCUGCUGGACAUCAGAGUGCUGAAGGCUGUGUUCCUGGGUCACCAGGGAGUGGACGUCCACACGGUUUGUUUGCAGAACAAACUGAGCCAGCUGACAGUCGAGGAGAACGGCCUCAGCCUCCUCUACGGCCUCAGUACCACCGACAACAGACUGCUGCACUUGGUGGCCCCCGACUACACUGCGCAAAUGCUCUACAAGGGUCUGUCAGAGUUGGUGAACGCAACCAGGAAGCUGAAGAAGUUUCCGGACCAGCGUUUGCAGUGGCUCAGGAGGCAGUACGUCAGUCUGUAUCAGGAGGAGGGUCGAUAUGAAGGCCCGACGCUGGCCCAGGCCAUUGAGCUGUUUGGUGGGCGCAGGUGGAACAUGGGCGCGAGCGGAGGGGAUAAAUCGGGGGCCCCCAAGAGCAGCCCUCUGGGGAUCAAUGAAAAGACCAAGAAGAAGAAGAAGGCCCUUGUUAGGGGAGACAGUGGGGAUGCCACUGAUGACGAGAUGGUUUCCAGGAAAACACGAAGCUGUAAAGAGGGAUUUUAUCGGAACGGACCAGAGUCGGACAGCAUAGACCAAGAAGAUCCAGAUGACGGCUUUCCCGGCCCGUUCUCCCUCCCCUCCAAAGGAAGUCCUGGAUUGCUCGCCUCUUCCUCCUCCUCUUCCUCUUCCUCCAGUAUGGCCAGCUCCAACCAAUCCCGCCCACAAUCCUCUCCAAUCCUUUCAGGCACUACCAAGGCUCAGUCAGGGGCGUGGAGCAGCAGGUCAUGGCACGGUCGCGGCAAAGGCUGUUUCAAAGGCUUCCAGAACCUCAUAAUCUCUGACAGCACCAUGAGCUUCGUUGAGUUUGUGGAACUCUUCAAGUCGUUCAGUAUCCGGAGCAGGAAGGACCUGAAGGAGCUUUUCGACACAUUCGCCGUCCCUUGCAGUCGUUCCGCUCCAGAGUCGGCUCCUCUCUACACCAGCCUGAAGAUUGAUGACAGGGACGCGGGGCUCCAACCAGACCUUGACCUUCUGACUCGAAACGGAUCAGACCUCGACCUGUUCAUCCGGACCAGGCGGCAGAUGUCGGACAACCAUAAGCAGAUCUCGGACGCCAUCGCCGCCGCCAGCAUCGUGACCAACGGGACGGGCGUGGAGAACUCGUCGCUGGGCGUUUUGGGCUUGGCCAUCCCUCAGUUAAACGACUUCCUGGUCAACUGUCAGAGGGAGCACCUGAGCUACGACGACAUUCUCAGCAUUAUACAGACAUUUGAGCCUUCAUCAAACAUGAGGCUAAUGGGCUGGAUGUCAUUCGAAGGCUUCGCGAGGUACCUCAUGGACAAGGAGAACUUCGCCUGCCGUAACGACGAAUCCCAGAUGAAUCCCGCGGAGCUCCAGUACCCUCUGUCCUACUACUACAUCGAAUCGUCUCACAACACUUACCUGACGGGACACCAGCUCAAAGGAGAGUCCUCUGUCGAGCUUUACAGUCAGGUGCUGCUGCAAGGCUGCAGGAGCGUGGAACUGGACUGUUGGGACGGAGAUGAUGGCAUGCCAGUCAUCUAUCACGGGCACACACUCACCACCAAAAUACCUUUCAAGGAUGUGGUGGAAGCAAUUAACCGCUCCGCAUUUGUCAACUCGGACAUGCCGGUCAUAAUGUCCAUUGAGAACCACUGCUCCCUUCCGCAGCAACGCAAGAUGGCUGACAUCUUUAAGACGGUGUUCGGGGACCGUCUAGUGACGCGCUUCCUCUUCGAGGGCGACUUCGGUGACGACCCUCACCUGCCGUCGCCGCUCCAGCUUCGCGGGAAGAUCCUGCUGAAAAACAAGAAGCUCAAAGCCCACCAGGCACCAGUGGACAUACUGAAGCAGAAGGCUCACCAGCUGGCCCACUUGCAGGCCCAAGCCAGCAACGGCUCACCAGGGGGCACCCCGCCUGGAACUGGAAGCCACGCCAACGAGGAAGAGGACGAGGACGAAGAUGAGUACGACUACGACUACGAGUCUUUAUCAGAUGCCGAUGUCCUCAAUGCCUCUACCGCCUCCUAUGGGCUGGAAGAUAACCUCCUGGAGGAAAAAGCAGAAGGGAAAAGCUCGGCGGACAAAGAGGAGCAGCCUGCGGAUGAAGCACCCAAGCGCGUGAAGAAGCCUGACAGCAACAGUCAGAGUAAAGGAAAGGUGUUCGACAUGGAGCUGGGUGAGGAGUUCUACCUCCCUCAGAACAAGAAGGAGAGUCGGCAGAUCGCACAGGAGCUGUCUGACCUUGUCAUCUACUGCCAGGCCGUCAAAUUCCCAGGCUUGUCCACGCUGUCUCCGUCCGGCUCGGGCAGGGGGAAGGACCGCGGCAAGUCCAGGAAGUCCAUAUUCGGCACGGCUCCGGCUCGCUCCGCCGCAACGGGGGAGGUCUCCACGCAGAGCCGUACUCCUGGGAAAAGCGGCGCCGAGCGUCUGAGCUGGGAGGAGCAGCAGCAGCCGACGUCGCCGGCGCUCAACCCUCCGACGUCGCUCAGCGCCAUCAUCCGCACGCCCAAGUGCUACCACAUCUCCUCGGUCAACGAGAACGCCGCCAAGCGCCUGUGCCGGCGCUACUCGCAGAAGCUCAUGCAGCACACGGCGUGCCAGCUUCUCCGCACCUACCCGGCCGCCACGCGCAUCGACUCUGCCAACCCCAACCCGCUCCUCUUCUGGCUGCACGGCAUCCAGCUGGUGGCGCUCAACUACCAGACCGACGACCUGCCCAUGCACUUGAACACAGCGCUGUUCGAGGCCAACGGCGGCUGCGGCUACGUCCUGAAGCCGGCCGUGCUUUGGGACCGAAGCUGUCCCCUCUACCAGCAGUUCUGUCCCACGGAGCGAGACGUGGAGCGAAGCGGCCCGGCCGUCUAUUCCCUCACUAUCGUGUCCGGUCAGAACGUGUGUCCGGCCAACGGCUCGGGCAGCCCCUGCGUCGAGGUGGACGUCCUGGGCACGCCGGGCGACAGCUGCCACUUCCGCAGCAAGCCCAUCCACCGCAACACGCUCAACCCCAUGUGGAGCGAGCGCUUCCAGUUUAGCGUGCACUUCGAGGAGCUCUGCUUCCUGCGCUUCGCCGUGGUGGAGAACAACAGCUCGCAGACCACCGCUCAGAGGACGCUGCCCCUGAGGGCUCUCAAACCAGGUUAUAGACACGUGCAGUUGAGAACGCAGCACAACGAGCCGAUGGAAGUGUCCAGCUUGUUCAUCUACAGCAAAAGAGUUGAAGAAACGGGCGCCACGUGUUCCUCGUCCCAACUCUUCAGCCCGGAGGAGAAGCACGCGUCCCAACAGCGUAGAGUGACGCUACACGGAGCACCUGGACCAGAACCUUUCACCGUGUUCUCCAUCACAGAGCACACAACGAGCAAACAACUGUUAGACACGCUUGUCACCGCCGAGGGAAGCGCGGCCGACUACUUCCUGUGCGAGGAGAAGCUUCCCCUGUCUAAGGAGCGCAGCGAGACCAAGCGCUGCGCUCAGCGUCGGCCCCUCGCGCCUGACGAGGCGCUGGUCCGAGUGGUCUCCGGUUGGGACGCCGAGGACGGCUACGUGGGGAGGAUCUGUCUCCAGACCAGAGAAGAGAAUCUAAACGAGAAGAAUGCGGUGGCGGAGGGUGAGGAGGAUGUGAUCGCCGUGGGAGGAGGAGGAGGAGGAGGAAGAGGAGAAGGCGGCUUCGAGGAGGACGUGUUUUUUGUUCAGGUGCACGAGGUGUCUCCCGAGCAGCCUCACACCGUCAUCAAGGCUCCGCGCUACAGUUCCGCACAGGACAUCAUACAGCAGACUCUGUCCAAGGCCAAAUACUCAUACAGCAUCCUGUCCAACCCCAACCCCAGCGACUACGUCCUCAUGGAGGAGGUGACCAAGGACGCCGGCUCCAAGAAGUCGUCCGCCGCCAAGCCCGUCCAGCGCGUGCUUCUGGAUCAGGAGUGCGUCUAUCACGCGCAAAGUCGCUGGAGGGGGGCGGGGAAGUUCAUCCUCAAGCUCAAAGAGCAGGUGGUGCGCGAGGACAAGAAGAAGGUGAUGUCGUUCGCCAGCGAGCUGAAGAAGUUGACAAGCCGCAGUCGCGGCAUGACGACGGGCGUGGCGGCGGACGGCGCCGCCCACAGGUACACGUGUGCGGGCAGCGGGGUGAGGGCGUGGAUGACAGAGAGCAGGGUCGGGGCAGGACGUCUCCUCCGGGCCUCGUCUCCCUCGCCCACCGGAGGUCAGCAAAGACCCGACGGCUUCCCCGCCUCCUCUCUCAGCCCAGCGGCGUGGAAGCGUCGCAUCCUCCAAAACUGGAAGAUCCACAAAUGAAACCCGGAGCGCGAGAGAGAUCGUUUGCCUCCCCUCCCCCUCGUCGUCGUGAAGGUUUUAGGUGACAGCCUCGUGGCCGUUUUUCUUGCUUGCUUGAAGGAGCGUACGCAGAGCUGACCCGGAUGAGCGGCGGCUCCGUGUCCAGCCAGGACGUUCCGUGUUCGGAGUCAGAGACGAUUUAUGGCGACGGAGGCCGCGCUAGCGAGACGGAAGAAGGAGGAGAAAAGUUCGGAGACAAGAAAGACGAGCUGGCUUGUUUACUUCCUGUUUUACUGUGUCACUGUACUGUACCGUGAGAGCACAUUUUGGGCAGCAAAGGGACAAACGUGUCAAAAAAUGCACAUUUAAAGGCAAAGCAGUACACUAAAUAUUGACAUCCGCUUUUAAGGUCCUUUUAGAUGAAUUGUAUUUUGCAGUUACUGGCAAGCUCCAAAAUGUAGCACUCGUUUUUUAUUUUUGUUUUUAAAUUUCGUGGCUGUGUGAUCUGCAGCUCAUUUCUUGCGGACUUUGGUUCUGUUACUUCACCUUUAGAAAGAAAACAAAGUAAUACUAACAAUAAUAACUGGCGCCUGGAGAUACAAGGUUAAUUCGUCCCAUGACAACGCUCAUUUAAAUGAAUGAAAAUAACAAUAAUCCAUCCGUUCCAUCCACCUGCAAAAACCAACAAAAUGUUUCAAUGUUUUCUUAAUAAGAAAUAUAGCACUCUUAUGAUGUUGUAUGUUAUAAAAACAUACAGUAAUGACGUAAUUAGAAUGUAAAGGUGUUAAACUGUUUUUGUCACAUUUUUUUGACAUUGUGCUGCUCCUUCUGGUGUGCGCGCCUUGUCCACCCGGAGGCAGUAUAACAGACAUGCGGCUAUACUGUACAUGGAGACGCUCUGAGCUCCUCAGUACAGCAGUAAGGUUAGUCGUUCUUCGGUGGGGGAAAAAAAUCUGCCGAGUGAAGGCUUGUAUCUCGAAAAAGUCUUAAGUCGGGUCACUUGUAUCUCAAGGCGCCACUGUACGUAUUUUUAAACAAAUAGCAAGAAUAAUAAGAAAAUAGAAAUGAGUCAGAGGUCAAUUUUAGGGCUAAAUCUUAAGAGAAAUGCAGCGUAGAGGUCAUCAAACAGUAUUUUGCACAUUUUAUUUUUCUGUACAUUUUUUUUGUAUUUUUUUGCGUUGCUUUCGAGAGGCUUGAAUUUGAUUGGACGGUUUGAAAAAAACAAAAACAAAUCAUCCUAUUUAUUUCUUUAGAUUUCAGCCCAGUUGAAAACUUUUAUUCCAGAGCCCAAACCUGAAAUGUUUUAUUUGGUUUGACUUUAUAAGGUUUCUCUUUUUGAGUUUGAAUUCAUUUGAUGAAUCCGUACUGAUUACGACUACAGUAUGUUCGUAAUUGUCUUAGACAUAUUUGGGGCCAGUUUACCCUGUGUUUGAUAUGUAGCAUUUUCACAAUUUACAUUUUUCGUUCAUAAAUGUUCUUGUUUGCUUAACAAAAUAAAAGAAAAAUACACUACAAUAUAUUAACACUAAAUAACAUCAUGGAAGACUGUUGCAAUGUUAUUACAGGUCUGUUUUUUUAGGGUGGAAGUUUGGUAUUAAUUCGUAUUUCAACAUCAAAACGCAACGCAUUUUUAUGCGUUGAAAGUACGAUUAUUAUUUCUUAUUUAUCAAGGUUAAAAAUAGACAAAAGAAUUGAGAACCCUUUAGUUCACAUGAAAUAUGAAAUACUUAUUCUGUUGUCGCACGGGCCGGGGCCUAAAAGUGGAUCAUUAAAUUUAAGUAGGGCCCACAUAAUAAUUUUGGCUUUUUUUUUUUUUUUUUUAAUACUUGUAUUUGGACUAAUACUAUUAACUAAAGCAGGAAGGGAUUCUGUCCUAUGGUCGCUUCAAUUUUAUGUUAUUUGUCAACUAUUAUUUCCCCCCUGAAUGUAUUGUUAUCGUUUCUUAAAGUUUGACAUAUGUUAUUUAUUUGACAUUUAAAGCCCUGGUUGGCAUUUAACUGUUAUAUUUUAUUUCAUAGAUGUUUGUGUCGUUUUUAUUUAUUUGAAUGCAUUGAAAAAGGAGAUUGUCUUUAUUGAUGGUGUAAAUAGUAGGCAACUAUCAAUUCUAUUCUAAACUAUUCAUAUUUCAGUUCUGGAGUUUCAACCAAUUCCUUUUUUUUUUUUUCUAAAUAGGUUGGCUAAAUGGACAAAAUUAACACUAUUUUUCAUAUUUUAGUAGUGUAUUCACUAUAUAUAUGUCCACUGACACUCUUGUCAACUGUUGACUUAGUACACGCUCAUUUCCGUAACGACGUACGUUAACAUUCGCCAUGAUGAUGACGUCGAAGGUUGUCUGUUACUUGAAUUUCUUCAUUGGAGGGAUAUUUGUUGAUUUGUUGCAUAGUGGAAUAAUAAAAAUACAACAUGCUAACUACA